AUGUCUCUGCUUCUCAGCCAUCCCUCGAAGAUCUGCUUUCGGAAACCUGUGUUUUUAAGAUCUUCUCCUCUUCACUCUAAUGGCUUCUCAUCUUCUUCCUUGCCACAAACUCCUCCUUGUCAGAUUAUCGACGCGGAUCCUUGUGGAGCGGAUGUCGGAAGACUUAUCAUUAAGAAUAUUAGUGAUCGUUACUCCACUUAUCUGGAAAAGAAGGUGCCUAUGGAGUUGUUAGAUCCAAUGGUAACGAUCGGGGCAUCUCAUGGGUGGGUAGCUACUUUGAAGGACGACGGGAUCCUGCGUCUCCAAGAUGAUCUAAACCCGGCUGCAUCGGAUACAGAUCCAAAACGCAUUUCUCUGCCUCCUCUUAUGACUCUGCCUCAUUGCCAAACCCAAGUUGUGGCCAACGUGGUCAUGUCCUCGCCUUCUCCAGAGGGUGAAGACUGUGUUGUGCCUGUCAAGUUCUUGGGGCCUCAACUCAGCUUUUGCAGACCCGGUCAGAGUAACUCGGAGUGGAUCAACGUCAAAAUCGAAAACCCUUGCUUCUUCUCCUCCCCUGUCAUGUAUUCCAAGAAAGAUGACAUGUUUCGCAUACCUGGAUCUGGAUGCCACCUCAUCGGAUCAUGGGAUCUCCACGAACAUAGCAAGAACCCCAAGUUGCAGAGCCUUCAGUUUAUAAACCCUCCCAAGGUGAUGGAGAAGAAGUCCAUGCGAGUCCUUCUCGAUUCGUGCUACACAAGCGAACACUUGGUGGAGUCAAGAACCAGAGGUGAAACUUUCUUGGUUAAGCUCUACAAGAAGACCGCCAGGAUCAUCAAGGGUGUUGCCAAAAUGAAAACAGAGGUUUUAGUGGUUUUCAAGCUAGACGAGGUAGGAAACGCUGUUUUCACUAAAAUAAUGGGAGAUGUCAUUUUCCUCUCAAAGUCUGAACCUUUCUGCCUCCCUGCUAGCUCCUUUCCCGGCAUGUACCCUAGCACCGUCAGAGAUUUAGAUGUCCACGAAUCAGCAUAUGUCAAUUUGCCAACAUUUACCUCAGUUAAUAAUAUAAUUUAUAGAGACGGUUCAAUGGCCCCUUACUAUAUUCCACCACAAAAUAUAGACUAA